AUGGCGAUCGGCCGCCGCUGGGCGCUCGCGGCGUUGUCGGCUCUCCUAUUAGCCGGCCUCGCAACCGCCAGCGAGUUCCCCGAACGAGAGUGCUGCGACCCGAUCUACCCGAUUCCGGAGCCGACUAGCCGGGCGCCCUCCGCACCCACGCCGACCGGGAGAAGCGGUUCCAGCAUCAAGUCAACGGUGGCCAUUUUGAAUUGUCUAUUUGCUCGACAACUGUGUUUCGAAGAUCCAUCUUGCAGCGCUAUAUUGGAGAUUAUACCACGCGUGUGUGGUCCCGAGCUGGUGGCGUGCUCGACGGUGACGGUGACAAAAUGUCAAGCAGCUCUGCGCACGUUGCAGGCUUUUCCCUUCUUCAAACCGACGUGUCUCUGCAGAGAGCCGCACGUCGACCCGGAAUGCAACAGUUUCAGGGACUUCCUCUUCGACCACCCCUGUAUUUAUGUACUUAAGAAAGACAAGGACCCCUACUCGAUAGACGCCCUGCCGACGUGUAAUCACGCCUUAAGCGUGUGUCAGCGUGGUAAGCCGUGUAUCAAGCUCUUCGAGGGUUUCAAGACAAAUUGCAAGGCGAGGGAGGGCAAGUGCCGGAUGGAGAGUCGAGAUGCUUGUCACGACGCUUGGACGCAAUUGCGUUUGUCCCCGAUGUUUGGUUGCAUAUGUCCAAACAAUCACAUGAAGCGACGCUGCGACAAGAUAUUUUCCAUGGUGAACCAUAAUCCAUGUGUCGAGUUUCUACCCUCCGCGUCCGUAGACCUAUCGGGGACCGACUCCGCCCUCUAUCCGUUCGACCCCCAGCAGGAGAACUUUCAGGAGUUCUGGUUGCCCCCGACCAGUAUGUACCCCUACUUUCUGUUUCCCGCGAGCGCCACCUCGCGGAGCCUGUCGGAGGCGGCCCGUCCUGCCCACCCGGGGGGCGCCCGGGUGCGAGAGGAGGUCCCGGAGCUUCCGGGAGCCUGGCCGGGGCCCCCCAGCUGGGACCUGGACGGGACCGCGCCAGGGCCUCGCCAGGUCGGCGAGUACGAGGACGCGAUCAGCGCGGGGCCAGGGAAUGGCUUCGAGGGAGACCUCGAUGCCGCCGCCGAGCAUAAGCAUGACCGUGCCUCCAGCACCGAGCACCUGCAGCACCUCGGCACGAACGAGCAUGACCUCUAUCGGCACGAAACCACCAAGUUGCACUCGCACCACCGCCACGAUCACCACCACCACCACCACUACCUCGCACCUCGUCCCACCCCUACCGUAGACGAGACUUUGCUGGCGCCGGGCCGCCCGGUGGACCAGCCCAACCGAGACGGCGAUCUCGGGGACCUCGCGAGAACCGGAAGACUGCCGGUCGACCGAAUCUUCGACCUCGGGGAGGCCUUCGACGGCUUCGUCGACCAAGUGAAGGUCAUCUCCCACCCUGAUAAUUCGACCAGCCUAGAGUUCAUCGAGUCCCAGGUGGAAAAUCCAUUGAUAGACGCCGAUCACCAGGACCUCGAUGCUCUGAAGCAGCUGCCCAUUCCGGGGAUUCAGCAUCACCGAGGACAUCAUCGGAGGAAUCAGUCUUUGGAGGAUCAAGACAACGGAGGAGUAGCGAUCGUCCCCUCGCCAUUUUCCGAGGCCGAAAAGCCGAUUCCUUUUCAGCCGGUGAAGCUGAUACUCUCUAGCACGUGUCACCAUGCUUACACGUCAUGCAAGAACGAUCCGGAAUGUAAAACGGCCCUGGAACCGGUACUUAAUCGUUGUGAGCAAGCAACGUGCGCGAGAAACGAAUGCAUGGACGCGUUACAGCAUUUUUACAAGACAGCCAGCCAGAAGCACUCCAUGGAAAUUGCUUUCUGCCUCUGCAAGAAAACCGACGGAAGACGCGACGAGUGCUUGAUCGCCCAGGAGAAGAUGCAUCCGAUGUGUGCCCAAAGGGUCGAGGGGGCAGAAAUGCCGACGUGUCACAGCCUCGCCGAAGUAUGUCGCGAAGAUCGCGGCUGUCGGACGAAGCUCGAAUACUACGAGCAAAACUGCGCCGUGGACAGCGUAACUAAAAAGUGCGCCGGUCCUCCGGCGGAAUGUCGAAGAGCGAUGUUGGGCAUUCUCGGAACGGAACUUAGAUCGAAUUGUGCUUGCAAAGGAACCGAUUUUACCCAACUGUACGAUUGCCUGGGUUGGCAACGACUCCUGUGGGUGAAUCCUUGCGUCGUGGAGUCUCAGAAGGACUUCCACGCGCGAAGGAAACAUCAUCACCAUCUCAGGACCACGACGACAUCGAUCGCAGCCACGAUGAAGAGCUCGAGCACCACGCCGGUAGUCGCCGAGGAACCGGAGGACAACUUUAUACCGGAUGUCACUAGGAGAGCAACGACCACGGAGCCCACGGAACCGUGGGAAAUCAGUACAACUGUCGUCAGCACUACGCCAAGUACCACCACCACCAGUACGCCUCCACCGCGUUUCUGCGUGGUCCAGAGGCCCAGACAGGCUCACCAGUACAUCCGAGAAGGGAAGGGCAAGAGGCUGUACAGAGACGACGAACCCGAAUGUUCGGAGCUCUGUCAAUGCAGCGAGGGGGAGGUUCUGGUGUGCAACACGAUUUGCGUGGAAUCUUCGCCCUGCAAAUCUGACUUCGCCUUCUACAACCAUGCUGCGCCUGCGUACCAAGCUUUCAGAGGGCGAUGCCUUUGUUACAGCGGUCGUUUCAUCUGCAUGCGACCAGCACCUGAGGCAUACAGUAUCCCGCGAGGUGUGUUCAUGUUCCUGGGAUACAGCGAACGGGACGAGGAAUUGUUGAGGCCUCACAAUAAUCUUACCGUGCUGGACGCGGUGUCCUCAUUGGACAGCUUUAUGCGACAAGAGGUGAACAAUCAGACUGUGUGCACUCUCUUCUUGUACAACAUAACAAAGGAGAACGUGAUAGCUGUUGCUCGACUUGGAUCGGACAAUCCGCCAUUGAAUAGCAGCGAAGCACAGAGCUUGCAGCAUCUACUCCGUGUCAAGGAGGAGUGCGCGGCGAUGCUGCAGGAUCUCAGCGAGAAGAUCAACAAUCGCCACCAGGAGGUGCACACGCACCCUUUACUGUCGAUUUUCAAGAUGGCGGAGGUAGAGGUUAAGUUGCCGUACAGCGGCGCUGCGGUCGGGCCGACCACGUCGGAGGGUCUGUUCGCGCUAACUCUGUUAGCGAGCCUGUUGGCACUUUGCGGUGAGGUCGUCCACGUAGCACCCCGGAGGUCGAGGUCGAGGUCUAGGUCGAGAUCGAGGUCGAGCCUUGGCGACCUCGCCUCGUGACAGGAUCAAACGUCGCGCGAGUCGGAGUGAUCUCGAAGAGGUCGACCUCCGACUCGCGUCGUGCUGUACAUCCUUGAACGGAAUAUAUCAUUCCGGACGAGUGCGUGGCCUUAGAGGCUCGGAGUGUCUGAGAGAUUAGAAUGAGAGAGCGAAUGACCGCCAGAUAGGGAGAAACAGGGAGAGAAAGAGACGCGAGGGAGCUUUAAGUCCUCUUGAGUUCCGUGCUUUGACCUAGCGAAUGCGACUCUUGACCACUCGAGGUCUUGACAAUUAUGUACAGGUGUACCAAAACGCGCCAGCGCUUCCAGGUGGUGAGGUCGAGGCAUCCAAGACCGACAUUUUUGGACCUUAUCCAAACUGAGAUUUAAAAGCAGUAAGAAAAUUCAAGGGGGUAUUCACUGAGGAAAUCGUGGAUUUCAACGAGAUAUCAAUGGAUAUCGUUAGGAAUCACCAAAGAGCUGUCACUAUUUUAAGGCCUAGCGUCCCUUGUUAUAGAAUCGCAUUGCUGUCUAUCGUAUGAAAUCAAUGGCAAUCGGCUCUCAAAGAAGGAGAUCGUUUAUUUAUACAUUUUUUUAUCGACCGAGGUGAUAUUCGGCGGGUUAACCUUAUCGCCGUUGCUCCCGCUGUCGCAUUUGUUGCAGCCGCCCUCGUGGGUGAUCCAUUUCUGGGACGGGUCAGCGAAUUAGCGGAGGUGGUUUUUAAAUAUUUAUUGCUUUCCCUCGGCUGGAAAGCCACGGCCUUGCCAUCUGUCCCGCGAGAAUACAAUUUUCUAAUGCUUUGUCUCCUCUGCAUGUCGGGGCUCGUGUUGCGUUCUCGAGAAGAGGACGCGGUACGACGGAAUUACAGGAAUUUUCAGGAUGGAAUCGACCGUCGUUGGAUGAAAACUUUCGAAUUUUCCGGAUCACGUGAAUUCGAUUCCCUUCGGCACACUUGCCCACUAAUGAGUAUUACCGCGGCGGGAAUCGACGAGGGUCAUAUCAUUUUUUUUAGGUAUUUUUCAAGGAACGGAGGAACACCUGAAAAACCCACCAAACGCAGGGAAACGACUUUACUUAUCUCUGCACAAUUAUUAUUCCAUUAGUCUGGGUCGUGUAUAGAUAGACUAAGAAACGCAUAAAUUUCUGUACCGACAAUUAUAUAUUUUUUUCCCAUUUUCGUUGGAUCGAUCUAAAAAGAUUAUGCACCGUCAG